AUGGGCUCCAGCUCCUCCUCUUAUGCCCCCAAAACCAUCUACCUGGAUGUGGAUGGAAAAGUGCAGAAGGUGGUCUUCAGUCGACACUGCAGUCCAUGUGACAUCAAGGAGCUCCUGUGUUCCUCAUCUAACAUCCCCAGGAACACUGCAAUCAUGAUGAUCGACCCAGAAGGUGCCUUGGUCUCCAUAGAUCCCACCAUGCCCACCAACACUCCAAACUCUUUGUACAAAGUCGUCCCUCUGUCUACUGGUCAGCUUGGAGAAAAGGAGGACAUGUUUCAGAAUGUGUUGUCCCAGGUGGCCGAGCAGUUCAGCAGAGCCUUUCGCAUUAAUGAGUUAAAGACGGAGGUCACCAACCGACUAGCCAUGCUGGAGAAGAGAGUGGAGUUGGAGGGUCUGAAGGUGGUGGAGAUUGAGAAGUGUAAAAAUGAUCUGAAGAAGCUGCGAGAUGAGAUGACCUCAAGAGGUGGCAGCAGAGUGAACUGUCCUUGCAAAUACAACUUCUCAGACGAUGGGAAGAAGGUCACUCCUCGAAGAGAUGUCCCAAAUUACCCAAAGUACACGCUGUCACAGGAGACUGUUGAGGCACUGAAGAAGCCAACAUUCGACGUCUGGCACUGGGAACAUAAUGAGAUGCUCAGCUGUCUGGAGUACAUGUACCAUGACUUGGGGCUGGUGAAGGAAUUCAACAUGAAUCCGAUUACACUGAAACGCUGGCUGUUGGCGAUUCAAGAGAACUACCGCAACAACCCUUUUCACAACUUCCGUCACUGCUUCUGUGUUAGUCAAAUGAUGUACGGCAUGAUUCACCUCUGCAACCUACAGGAGAAGCUGACUCUCACAGAUAUGGGUAUUCUAAUGACAGCUGCAGUUUGUCAUGACCUGGACCACCCUGGAUACAACAACACGUACCAAAUCAACGCCCGUACAGAACUGGCAGUGCGCUACAAUGACAUCUCUCCACUCGAGAACCAUCACUGUGCUGUGGCCUUCCAGAUCCUUUCUCUACCUGAGUGCAACAUCUUUGCAAAUGUGGAUCCUGAGGCGUUCAAACAGAUUCGACAGGCCAUCAUAACGCUGAUUCUGGCUACUGACAUGGCCAGACACGGAGAGAUACUAGACUCCUUCAAGCAAAAAGUGGACAACUUUGACUUCACCAAUGAAGAGCAUGUGACAUGUCUGAAGAUGGUUCUGAUCAAGUGCUGUGAUAUUUCCAAUGAGGUAAGGCCAACAGAGGUAGCCGAGCCAUGGGUGGACUGUCUUUUGGAGGAGUAUUUCAUGCAGAGUGACAGGGAGAAGUCUGAGGGUCUCCCUGUGGCUCCUUUCAUGGACAGAGAUAAAGUCACUAAACCCACCGCUCAGAUCGGAUUCAUUAAGUUCGUCCUCAUCCCAAUGUUUGAGACUGUCAUGAAGCUUUUCCCUCAGAUUGAGGAGAUCAUGGUUCAACCACUGAGAGACUCUCGCGAUCACUAUGAGGAGCUGAAACAGAUUGAUGAUGCCAUGACAGAGGGGUCUUCAUUUGUGAUCAAAUUCAAGAGUGACUUUAAAAAAAAGUGAGUGAGGCCUCCAUGAAGACGUACUACUCUGCGUUAUGAAGACGGCAAAUGGAGCAGGAGGGCAAGAAAAGGGCUGCUUGGCUACAUACUGAACUAAACUUAGGCAUCAAGGUGGCAUGUCUUGAACUUUGACUUAGACUUUUGCACUGCAUGUAACAGAGAGGGUCCUGGUGGAGUCUCUGUGUAUUUAUGGUGUUUAUGUGGUUCUCUUUACUCUGGUUUUUUUUUUGUUUGUUUUUUUUUAAAUUCGUAGUGCAGCACAAGCAUGAAAAAUCAGUUUCUCCUUAAAUCUUGAGAUUGGAUGGUCAUGUACAACUAAAACCAGGUAACACAGGCCGUAAGAACAGAGAAUUAUUCAACACAACAGUAACUGAUAAACACCAAAGUGGGGAAAUGUUUGAACCUCACUGAAGCAAUAAAGUUUUGUUUGUUAUGGUUUACAGUGACAGUGUUUUCCAAAGAUUAAUGCAUUUUCACACCUUUACUUUUUUGUUUGUACUCAAUCAAUUCAGUCAAUAAACACAUUAAAAAAACACAAUCAAAUAGGGGUGUAUACAGACCAAGCGGUUGCACAAUACAUCAUGUGAAAGUGUUUGAACGUCUCAUAAUCCAUGUACACUGUGCUGUGUGUGCUUGCUCAUUUGUCACAUCCUGUAAAUCUUUAUAUGAAGUAUAAAGAUAUAUUUCAGAGUGUCUUCUUCUAAAGUUUCUAUUGAGCCAAAAUCUAUAUAUUUAUUAAAAAGCAGAUUUUAUAUCAAACACAUCUACAAAAUGCAUUAGGUUAGGAAAAAAAAGACCAAAUUAAAUAUACUAUAUGUUAUAGUAAAAUAAUGUUUAAAAUCAAUUAACAAAUAUAUGGAUAAAGCGGUGAAAACAUAAAAAUGUCUACUUUUACAUAUUGAGCGAUUAAAUUAUAGUUUAUGGACUCCUCAUUUAUAGAUUUACAGUUGUGCAUGUGACCUUUUAUUGAUGCUGUUUUUUGCUGUUGUGCUCCUUAAAGACACAUACCAUAACAUCACAUUUAGCUGACUGUUACAGUUACUGAUCAUUGAAUUCAGCUGAUAUCUUUUUUUAUUAUUAUUAUUUUACAUCUCUUGAAACCACAGUUUUCAUACACUCAUUGAGUCAAAGAGAAUUUAAUAACUUAUUAAAUGGUAUUCAAUUGUGCUUUUCUUUUUCCAGCAAAGUUGCAAUAAUAUUUAUAUGCAACAUAGGAAUUUGGAACAAUAGGACAAAAAAUACCCCUCCCUACAUUUAUAUGAGCAUAAAUGAGAUGGGUUAUUUUCAUUUUAAUGUCUUCACAUAAAAACAUCAACACUGCAUCAACACAUGGAAAUUCAGCUAAAUAAAUAGGCAUGUGUUUGUACAGGUUAAUUAGGUGUAACGUCAACUUCACAAACAUCACACCUGACGAAAAAUUAAUCAUUUCCCGUAAAUAAUUUUCUGACAGACGCCUUAUGUGACCCUAAGCGGAGGCCUGUACGGUCUUAACAUCACCAAUCAUCUCUGCUUAUCAUCCUGAUUGAGCUGCUUUUUAUUGCCACGUUUUAGACUUGAAGGUUCCAGUACAGCCCGCAUGUGUUGAAAUAUGUCUAGUUAUCCAGUCGUGUACCACCCAAAGGUGCCACUUAUUUCAGCCUGUAGCACGCCCCUCUCUCUCUGCAGGUUCCCUUUGAGCUACAAGAGAGCUGGGUGGUUUUCCUCCAGCUACUCUCUUGUGUUUUUAUAACUGUGUGUUUCUUUGGCAACAUGUUGCAGAAAGAUCAGAGCGAUUAUUGCCUCACCUGUUGGCCUUAUCUCACACACACACACACACACACACACACACACACACACACACAUAUACAAAAUACCACCUGCAUUACUCUGAUGAUAUCAUUUUAAUAAUACAAAGUAGGAUUCACCACCAAAGGCAUUAAUGUGUCAUUUGGUUUAGGUUUGUCAAUUUCACUUCUAGUCUAUAGAUUGAUUUGAAACGUUUCACCAUGAAUUGAUUUAUUCACGUUAAUGGUCUGGGAGGUUCGUAUGGAUGCCACUGAUCAUUUUGUGUGCAUAUAAUGUAAUCCUAUAGGUUUAUCUUGUAAGAUUAUCUCACAGUAAUAGAAAAAAAAAUGAGGCCACAUGUAAUUGGUCCAUCUGAGAUGAAAGAAAAUCUUUAAACAUACUUGAGUUCCUGUUUUGUAAUUACCCAUUACCUUCUCCACCUAGCAUGACAGAUUGUGUUGAUAUUAAUCUGCAGGAAUGCUCUGACUAAACAACACGCUGUCUUAUCACAAACGAACACUGCACAACUCUCUGUUACUUCAUUAUUAUUAAUGAUCCUAUUACCACAUAUUAGUAUCCUGCUUGUUUAUAAGUGCUACAUUUAGAAUGUUAUAUACCAUUUAAUCUUCUUCCAAGUGUGAUAUCAGGGUUUGUCAAACUGAGGAUGGGUGUAUGUAAUGUCUCCAACACCAAAAUUGUUGAGUGCUUUAUUGUUCAUCAAAAGAUUAAUCGCCCAGAUGAAAUAUCCACCCUGAUAAUAUUUCACUCAACAGACUGUUAAAAGUUGUUUUCAUGAAUGCAAUGCUAAUUAAAGUUGCUGAUAUCUAAAACCCUUUAGUUAUUCUUUUUGCCUUGAGGCUGGGUGUCACAUCUUGUAAAACUACCACAAUGCUUCAGUAGGCCUGUUUGUUGAUGUGAAAGUGAAUAUUGACUUGAUAACAAAAGUGCAUUGAUGGUGGAUAAAAGGGCAAGUGUUUAAUUUUUCUCUCACAGAGCUUACGCGAUACUGGCUUCAAUAGAAGGUGUGGCCUUUUAUUAGUGAUAUUUGACCAGCGGCUUGGCACAUAUUCCAUGCUUGUUCAUAUUUAAAACACU